AUGAACCUCGGCCAGAUGAAGAACGACCCCGCCAACGGCUCGGCGCAGGCCAUCCCGUCUCUCAAGCGCACGUUAAGUGGCGGUGCGGCCAGCAGCGUGGGCCACGGCCACGCUGGAGGACUGUCCAGCCACUUGGGUGUGGGCAUGAACAACAUGAACUCAAUCCCGUCGGUGCUACACGCUACGCCUAACACGAACCCGCCCCAGAUUCUGCGCGCCGUCACGUCCUCAGGCGCGUACAACCGCCCGUCGUCCAACCAAUCCUUCCGCGGGGGCAGUAGUGGCCUCUCGACUACGGGCACCGGAGGCUCUACCGUGGCCAGCACCAAUGUCAGUGCCACGACGGCAACACGCAGCGUUUCCCAGUCGUCAACCAUGCAGGACUGGAGGAUGUACCUCACCAUCGAGGAGCGUCAGGCCGUCCGCUCUAAGAUUCGCGACGCCUACACCAGCCGCUGCUCCACAUACGAAGAUCUACUACAAGUGGCUUGUGCUAUUGAGGAAGAGCUGCUUCAUAUUUCGGCACCGUCGCGUCUGGACUACUUCAAGAGCGGCUUCGAGUUCGAGAACCGCGUCAAGCUGAAAAAGGACCAACUGCAGGGCCAACUGGCGGCAUUGGACGCCAAGCGGCGGUCAUCGAGCAUCGGUCAACAGCAACAGCAGCAGGGAACGCCGAACAGUGGCGGCAGUGGCAACAAAACAGUAGGAUCGGCCAAGAAACAGAGGAAUUAG